AUGCCUUCCGAGACCGAACCUCUCCUCCCUCGCUACGAGGAUGACACCUCCCGUCAGCGACAACUCCAUCAAAAGCUACACAGCUACCAGAUGAUCCGCGCCAUCUCCGAGGGAUACAUGCCAACUACUGAACAAACCAUUGCCAACCUUCGCACUCUCCUAGCUUCCGACAUCCUCAACCUGCGUAAUCAGGACAUCGGCCGCGUCGGUCGCCAGCUAGUACGGGAUAGUCGACUGUGGAUCCUGGUCUUUAUCGAAUUUCUGCAACAGAAGAACAGCCAAGACCAGCUCCAGGAAUUUCUGUGGCGCCUGGCCCGUUCACGCGUCGAGGUGGAUAGCGAGAGGGUUUCGAGACAGGCCGCUCACGUGAAGGCGCGGGCAGACACUAAGGCUGUAGCGUAUGACAGCUUUCGCACCGUCGGUGGUCUUCUUCUGACCAAUGCUGAUUUCCGUCUUUUUGUCGAUGACAUCGUUACCGUUGGCCGCCAGAUCUUCGCUGAUACCGCUGAAUCCCUCGCGGAAGCUUCCAAGCGAGUUGCGGAACAAAUCAAACCGUCCGAGGAAGAAGAACGGGCGCUGCAGGGUCCCGGUGCUGAUGACGGGCAUGCGCUAUCGAAGGCAGAGGUGAACGAGGAAAUUGCAAAUGUUGCUGAUGUGGCCGAGGAAGGGAUCGCUCAGACCAGUCAUGAUGCCGUACAGAGCGCUAAGGAGCACCUGUCGGGCCGAGAGAGAGAUACCUUGCUGUUCCGACUAAAGCAGGCAGUUCUGAAGCUCCGGGAGAGAACGGAUUACUCUGACUCCGUGGCAACACUUGCUCAGUUGGUAGCACGCUAUGCUAAGAUCUACGCGGAUGUAGCAGAGAACACUGCCUCGGUCGUGCAAGAAGACCUGGAGAUCAAUGAUGACCUCAAGCGGGCGGUCGACGUAUUCUGGAUUCUUUUACGGUCAUUCGGUAGCGCAGAAGAGUGGGAUCGGCUGCAGGAGAAGUUUCACAACGUAUUGCGCCAUGCAAACAAAGAUCCCGAGUUUGAUAAUCUACUCGGAGAAGUCGGAAUUUCCUUGCAGGACAUGUUCACCAACCCCAAGUUCUUCGACUCAGCACCGCAGAAGCUGGAUGAACUCAAACAACACUCCGGCAAAGUGAGCUCAGAGACGAGUCUUCGAAAGGAUGUGGAUGAUUUCCUAGCACAGACCAAACGCACACUUAGAACUGUGCCGGAAGACCCAGCUGUCUCCAAGUUAAUCAAGGCCACUAAGAAGGUCUACCAGGGCGCCUGGGGUGCCUACAACGACAAAAAGGCCGACCUCCCCGCAGACUUGGUGAACGUCUUUUUCCCAGUGCUCCUCCGAGCAAUCCAAUACAUCCCAAUCCCCCGCCUGGAGAUAUCUGCUCCAGAACUGGACCUUCUGCUCGAGAACCUAAUCCUUGAACCAGGCCACACAGUAAAUUUCUCCUCCUUCCUCCCCUACCGCAUGCAUCUCCUGACACGCAAUGACAUCGACGUGAUAAAAACCCACGCCAAGCGCACAGAAACACUCAUGAAAACUGCCUUUACAAUCACCGUCCAAGGCUUCAACAUCAGCGCCGAAGACUUCGGCUACUGGUUCCGCACGCACGCAGGCUUCUUCCACCUAAAGGACGAAGGCAUAGCAAGCUUCUACCUCGACCGCCGCGGUAUCGACAUCUCCCUAGACAUCGAAGUCGGCCGCGGCAGCCUGGAACAGAUCUUCUCUUUGCGCGGCGUUCGCGUCUGCAUCCACAAACUCGACUACACCGUCAAGCGUAGCAAGUGGAGAUUCCUUCUAUGGCUGACCAAGCCAUUCUUGAAACAUCUUGUCCGACGCGUGCUGGAGAAGAAGAUCGCAGAGGAGAUUGUUGCAGCUACGUUCGCGCUCAAUCGCGAGCUCGUCUUUGCCCGUGAACGACUGCGUGCUGCGCGCAUCGCUAACCCACAGGACCUGGCGACUUUUGUGCGGGCUGUCCUCGCCCGCCUUAGACCUGCUGACUCGGAUGUUGAGACUAGGAUUGGGUUUGAGCCGCUGAAGAAGGGUGUCUUUCAAGGUGUUUAUGCUCCCGGCAGUAUUGUGAAGACCUGGCAUGAGGAGGCCACGCGCGCGCAGGAGGCUAUUGAGGAUGGGGAUGAGACACGUGGGCUUGGUCAAACCUGGCACAAUGAUAUCUUUAAUGUUGCCGGGCAACACUGA